AUGCAGCGACAAGAAGAGAAUGAAACCAAACAAGUAAACGUGCCGGAGGAGAUCAUCGUCCGCAUACUUUCGAGGCUAUCUGCCAUCAAGUCGCUCUUGCGUUUCUGGUGCAUUUGCAAACCCUGGGGCGCUCUAAUUAGCAAUCAAGAUUUCAUUAAAAUGCAUCUCAAACGAUCUUCUGAGGAUCAAAACCCCAGCCUCAUCGUUUACCGCGAACCACAUUGCUACUCCAUUGAUUUCGAUGCAUUUGAUCUUCGGAAAAACAUGGUGAGACUUGAUUUUGCAUUUCUCGAGGAAUUGUCAACAAGAUUUUCAAUACAAAGUUCUUGUAACGGUGUGCUCUGCUUAGCUAAUUCGGACACUGUAUUCCUAUGGAACCCAUCUACCAGAAAGCACAAGAAAUUACCUCCGCAGUGUCAAUUCCCCGGCGUAAUAGGUAUCAGUGUCUGGACAUUGGGUUACUCUCCGAGAACUGAAGAAUACAAAGUACUAAGGUUUAUAUAUAUUCGUGAUGAGUCUAAUGAGUCAUUAAUCGUUGGAUGGGAAGUGAUGGUGCACACAGUUGGUACUGAUUCAUGGAGAAACCUGGGACAAAUCCCUUGGAAUCUUAGUGACGAAAUGCCUUGGGAGACUCGUGUUAAUGGAACUCCUUAUUGGAUUGCAUUUCGCUGGCCGGAACCACGUGACCUGAUCGUAUCUUUUGAUGUAGGGGAUGAGGAAUUCAGAGAGAUCCCAAUUCCCAACACCAGCAGUGAAGAGGAAUUUCGCAUCGUAUUAAAGGAUGUGGGAGUUGUGAGAGGACGCCUCUUUUAUAUUGAACGUCUUCCUGAUAAUUUCAUUGAGGUCUGGGUUAUGGAGGAUUGUGAAAUUAAGGACUCCUGGGUCAAACUUUUUCGGACUAAAUUCGAUGUGGAUUUAAGAUGCUUUAAGCCCUUUUUCUUUUCAAAGGAUGGCGAAAUUGUACUACUGGAAGAGGAUAGCAAGAAGUUUAUCUUGUGUGACCCGAAAAGAAAUGUGGUUAGGGAAAUUAGAGCUUUUCCUGAGGCUGAAGAUGGGAUUGCUGGCCUACAGUAUGAUAGGGAAGUAACAAAGAAAAGAUCAGGGAGAAUUGUUUGCCACUUUGCUAGUGUUUAUCUUCUUCAAUUUCUUAACCAUCCAAUUCUUAAUGGUUUAUAUUUCAUCCAGGAUGAUGCUGGAGUUGUGUCUGGAAACGAUGCAAAUGGAGUGUAA